AUGAGCGCAAAAUCUGGCUGGUGGGCCUGGUCCACUAAGAAGAAGGUCCUUGUCUUGGGAACUAUCGCUCUGGUGGUCAUUGGAUUAGGUGUCGGUCUAGGUGCCGGACUGGGAAUCGGCCUCAAAGGCAGCGGAGACGAUGAUAAUGACAACGAAACCGGAAGUGGCGGUACAAACACAACCACUCCAACCACUCCAACCACCCCCACCAACACAACCGUGAAAUGGCAGCCUGCCGUUGGCACUAAAUGGCAGAUCGUCCUGAAGACCGAUAAAGUCAUCACCUCGGUAGACGCGCCAGUCUACGACAUCGAUCUCUUCGACAACACUAAAGCCUUCAUCGCCGACCUUCAAGCCGAGGGUCGCAAAGUCAUCUGCUACUUCUCCGCUGGCUCGUACGAGGACUGGCGCGACGACGCCGACGACUUCGACAAAGCCGAUCUCGGCAAGGACCUCGAAGGAUGGGCCGGCGAGAAAUGGCUGAAUGUCAAGUCUAGCAACGUGCGCAAGAUCAUGCAGGAGCGUCUUGAUGUCGCGGUGGAAAAGGGCUGCGACGGUGUCGAUCCUGAUAACACCGAUGGAUAUGAUAAUGAGAAUGGACUCGGUCUCACUGAGGAUGAUGCUACUGACUACGUCAACUGGCUGGCUCGGCAGGCUCACAAGCGAGGUCUCUCGGUUGGAUUGAAGAACAGCGCUGCUAUUAUUUCCUCUGUUAUUGAUAACAUGCAGUGGUGUGUCAAUGAGCAGUGUGCUCAGUAUGAUGAGUGUGAUACAUACGAGCCUUUCAUCGAUGCCGACAAGCCUGUCUUCCAGAUCGAGUACCCCAAGGGUGAUAAUACCAACGACAACAAGUCUGUGUCGACCAAGCAGGCGAACUCAGCUUGCACUGCUUACAAGUCCGGGAACUUCUCGACGGUCAUCAAAAACAUGGAUUUGGACAAUUGGGUCCAAUAUUGCCCUUGA